AUGGGAAAACAGUGGAUUAUUGUGGUUGCUAUCGGGCUUUUGGCGACUUCCCUGAGUGCUGAAGAGAAACGAGUAAGUGUGUUAUUGUUCUGUAAGGAAAAAGGAAAGGAGAACGUAAAACGAGAUGGCUAUGGAACUACACAACAAGCUGGAGGUGGUUUCCAGCAAGGUGGUGGCGGUGGAGGAGUUGGAAGCUAUCCACGGCAUGGUGGUGGUGGCGGAGGAGGCGGUUUCCAACAAGGUGGCGGAGGUGGCUUCCAGCAAGGUGGUGGUGGCGGAGGAGGCUAUCAAACAAGCGGUGGAGGAGGCGGUUUCCAACAAGGUGGCGGAGGUGGCUUUCAGCAAGGCGGUGGUGGCGGAGGAGGCUAUCAAACAGGCGGUGGAGGAGGCGGUUUCCAACAAGGUGGUGGUGGAGGUGAUCUCUCUACGGGGCGCUUAGAGGACGUUAUUCCAGGGACUCCAGGUCAAGAUUAUCCGACAUACGAUACCGUUCCAAACACGGGCUUUGACUGUAGUCAACAGCAGUAUCCGGGUUACUAUGGUGAUGUUGAUGCUCAGUGCCAGGUUUUCCAUAUCUGUCAAUCCGACGGUCGUCAGGACUCUUUCCUCUGUCCUAUUGGAACAGUCUUUAAUCAGCAGUACUUUGUUUGCGAUUGGUGGUAUAACUACAAUUGUGCUGACACCCCAAACUAUUACAACCUUAAUGCAAAUUUGUACAUAGAACAAGGAGGAGGAAGCGGUGGUUAUGGUGGUACAGGAGGUAAUGGUGGCGGUCAGACUGGAGCUGGUGGAACAAGUGGCUAUGGUGGUGGUCAGAGUGGAACUGGUGGAACAAGUGGCUAUGGUGGGGGUCAGACUGGAGCUGGUGGAACAAGCGGUUAUGGAGGUAAUGGUGGUGGUCAAUCUGGUGCUGGCGGAAGAGGUAGUUAUGGUGGUACUGGUGGUGGUCAAUCUGGUGCUGGCGGAAGAGGUAGUUAUGGUGGUACUGGUGGUGGUCAAUCUGGUGCUGGCGGAAGAGGUAGUUAUGGUGGUACUGGUGGUGGUCAAUCUGGUGCUGGCGGAAGAGGUAGUUAUGGUGGUACUGGUGGGGGUAAUACUGGAGCUGGUGGAAGAAAUGGUUAUGGUCAGACUGGAGGCAGUUACGGUGGUACGGGAGGAGGGGCAGGUGGAAAAGGUAGUUACGGUGGUACGGGAGGAGGAGCUGGUGGAAGAGGUAGUUAUGGUAGUACAGGCGGUAAUUCUGGUGGAUACGGUAAAGCAGGUGGCUCUGAUGGACAAAACGGUAGUGGUUAUGGUGGAUCUUCUGGCAAUGGCUUCAGUAAAGGAAGAACACGAUCAGGUGGCAGUCACAGUGGUGCUGGAGGUGGUGAAAAAGGACCCUAUUUUAAACAGAAUUUCAACAGUCAAAGUCAAAGUCACAGCUACGGGCAGCAACAUGUGGGUUAUGGACGUUAA